AUGUCUUCCUCCGAAGGCGGCGGCGGAAGCAGCGAUGACCAGCCUGAGGAGAGCGUGGAGUACAGCGGGGCGAAGUCAGAUGGCGUUAUGUACCUCGUCUUCGGCGUCAUCUCCAUCGUGGUUAUCGUGGUGGUCGUCCUCCUGGUGGUCUUCCUCAUGAAACGAAACACGACCACCUCUGAGCCAGCGAUGGAGAGCACGAGCGCAGGGAGCAAGUGCACCAACCCGUGCAUGGGGGCCGGCAAGGUGUGCCAUCCGGACUCCAAAAGAGAUGCCGACGGGUGCUUCGUGCAAGACUGUCAUUGCUAUUCGCCGAGCGCUGCGCAUACCUGUAGCAACCCGUGCAACGCCAGUGGCCAGGUGUGCCACUUCAGUUCACCUAUGGACGAGCACGGAUGCUACAUGCCAUCGUGUCAAUGCAUUACGUGUCCACAACAGUGCCCGAAGGACAAGAAAUGCGACCCCAACACCCCGUCGGAGCCGAAUGGCUGCCCGAUGUCAGGCUGCACUUGCGUGCCGAUGAUGUGCCCGGCCCGGUGCCCGCCGGGCAGGCAGUGCUCGCCGGAUGCUCCCACUGACAUCAACGGUUGCUUCGAUAUGGACUGCAUGUGCGUGCCUGUGUCGCUGGCGCCAACGCCGCCGUCGAUGAAUACUACUGUUGUCACCCCCAAGCCUUGUCCCGUGAUCUGUCCUGCAAACUAUGCCUGCCACAAACUGCAACCCGUAGACGCCUCUGGAUGCUACUUGGCUCCUUGUCCCUGCAUACACGACUCCUGCAUCAAUCCGUGUCCUUCUGGGGAGAUCUGCGCACUGGACACGCCGAUAGAUGGCGACGGAUGCCCGAUGUCUCCCUGCACCUGCGUGAAAGAAGGCGGUCACGUGCCCCCAGUAGUCACUACGAAACCUCCCAUAGUAACCCGAUCCACAACUGCUCCCGCUGAACCUGACGUCACCGGUGAUUUCGUGCAUACGACGGACCUGCCUAAUACUGCUCCCGAUGGAGCCCCCGUCCUAAAGCGAAGUCCGCCAUUGCCAGAGAAUGGAAAUGGCUCUGAGGCGAGAGAUGCGCUAGAGCCAGGAGACAAUGCAACUGUACCGCAUUCACCUGAUUUCCCUGAUGGCCCACCAGAUACUCUUAGCAAAGGAAAUCACUCCGAGACUGACGCUGUACAACAAAGCUCUACGGCUCAAGGAGAGCUUUCAACUCCGAGUGCAAGUGGCGACUCUGCGACCGGUAGCGCGAAUGACACGGACAGAGAGGCGCCAUCCCAAGACGAGAAGUCAGCAGGCUCUGAAGAAACAAGCGUCAAAUCGGAAGAGGUCUAUAGCACAGAGCUGCACGGUGGCGAAAGUUCAUCCGAUGUCGCUGCGGACAAGUUGGCUAGCACCGAGGGAGUUAUGGUGAGUGAAGGCGACGAAUCGACGGAGUCUAAAGAAGCUGCGACUGCUGCCGACGGCAAUACUGCAUCGGCACAGGCGACGUCAAGCGCGGCUUCCGAUACGUCUGUGAUAGGCGAAUCUCCGCCACCGAACGGAAGCGAAGGAACCACUAAGGACACUGGCGAGAAGGCAGUGAGCUCCGAAAAGGCCGCCGCUGGCGAAGACGCAUCGGGUGCAGAAGCAGCAGCGGCCACGGACCUCAGCGGUGCUGGGGAGCCGGCUGGCGCAGCUGAGCCAUCGACGGUGGCGCCUGCAGGUUCCUCUGGGGGCGAGCAAAGCGGACCCAGGGUGCGCCGUAGCAUCCACGCGGCUGAUUUCCCGGUGUUGGAGCCACCAGUGAUACCAGUGAUUUCUCUGAGCAAGGCGCUGGCUGAGGGGGCGUCCACGGCCUUGAACGCUACCCGAAUACUCGCACAAGCUCAUCGCGGAGGUGUACCUUACCCGGACGACACUAAUGGAAAAUACGCUCCAAUCUUGAUACCAUCAGUUGGUGCAUCGUCUUCCAUUGGGCUUCAACCCCACGCUGGGAAAGAAGGCACCUUUCAAAGAAACAUCACGCGUCGUCACGGUGUCUAGAUAAAUAAACGUUAC